UACGCCACGUUGAUAUCCACGUGAUAGAAAUCUUGUCAACAGCAUCUCCGAUCCCAGCAGCCAGUUCAGACGGAUUUCGCUCUUGUCGGUCUUCUGUGAGGAGGUAGCGCAAUGGGAGACAAGCCUGACGUGUCUGAAGUCACCUGCUUUGACAAGACGAAGCUGAAGCCGACAGAGACUCAGGAGAAGAACACGCUCCCUACGAAGGAG